AUGAAGAUGUUUGAGACCAAGGGACUAAGUGUAGCAGGACUUGUUCCAUUGUGUUGUCUCGCUUACAGGCAUCACCAGCUGGAUCAAGGUUCUCCAUAUAGAGACAAGAUUACAAUAGCAAUUCUUCAGCUGCAAGAGGAGGGCAAGCUCCACAUGAUGAAAGAGAAAUGGUGGAGAGGCAAUGGCUGCCCAGAGGAGGAAAGUAAAGAGGCCAGUGCUUUGGGAGUUCAAAACAUUGGAGGAAUCUUCAUUGUGCUGGCAGCAGGAUUGGUGCUUUCUGUCUUUGUGGCAGUGGGAGAGUUUUUGUAUAAAUCAAAAAAAAAUGCCCAGUUGGAAAAGAGGUCCUUCUGUAGUGCCAUGAUAGAGGAGCUAAGGAUGUCUCUGAAGUGUCAGCGUCGAUUAAAACACAAGCCACAGGCCCCAGUUAUUGUGAAAACAGAAGAAGUUAUCAACAUGCACACGUUUAAUGACAGAAGGUUGCCAGGUAAAGAAACCAUGGCAUAGAGCUGGGAAGCCAAAUACCCCAAGCACAAACUGUCAUCUUUUUUCCAAACAACCUUGCAAGAAUGUUUCCUGUGGAAAUAUGCAACCUGUGCAGAAUAAAAUGAGUUACCUCAUGCCGCAGUGUCUAUGAACUAGAGACUCUGUGAUCUCAGCAGUUGCAAUGGCCAGACUCGAAUCACAAGCAUCAUGGAUCAAUCAAGUUAUGCGGGGUUACACUGUUCGUCAUGGGUUUUGACCAUUCUGAAUGAAUGAAUGUUCCAUGUGAGUUUUGUGGCUGGUUUCAAAUGCAGUCUCAGUGAGAAAUUACAGGUUCCUUUUAAGUUCAACGGUUGCCAGGAGAUGGAAAAUAAAUGUCCAAGAUGAUACUAACCUUGGAAGGAGUCUAGUAAACAUAAUAUCUCAGAACUGUAGUGGAACAAGAAACCAUAUGUUCUUUUGAACUUCCAAGCAUAGAAGAGUUGGUAACUGCUGGUAGACUGAAACUACCAUCUGGACAGGCAACAUGAGCUUCCUGGAUGGGAGAAAUGUUAAAGUGAAGAAAUAUGAAUCCCAUGAUUAGAAGGAUAAAUAUGAGGAUGCUCACCUGCUUUUUGGACUGUCUGUGUCACUGAACUAAAUAAAUAAAUA